GAAACAAAGCGUCGUGCCAGCAGGAAAACCAAGGACCAAGCCAAGCCGCCGGCCCCAUGGCCAAGCACAAAGCCUCGCCUCCGGCCGCGGUCCGCCGUCGCAUCGGCGGCGCCGGGGCGUCCGCCAUCCGGUGGGCGCUGCGCGUCGCGACCAGCAUCGUAGCCUGGACGCUGCUCCUCCACCUCUUCACCUUCCUCGGCAUCCCCCGCCCGCCGCUGCCCAUCGCGCGGCCGUCCUGCCUGGGCGGCCGCAGCAACUCUACCGCCGCCGACUCCGUGGUCGCGGCCGGCGAUGCCGGGCACCUGGCGCUCCCGGCUCUGCCUCCCAGACGGCUUUACAAGAGUAAUGGCUACCUUCUAGUUUCAUGCAAUGGUGGUCUGAACCAAAUGCGAGCAGCGAUAUGCGACAUGGUGACUGUAGCACGCUACUUGAACCUCACCAUGGUGAUACCUGAACUUGAUAAGCAAUCCUUCUGGGCUGAUCCUAGUGAUUUUGGGGAUAUUUUUGAUGUAAAUCAUUUCAUCGAUUCAUUGAGAAAUGAAGUGAAGAUUGUCAAAGAACUCCCACAGAAGUUCAAAGAAAAGGUUCCUCUGUCAAUGCAACCAAUCAGCUGGUCUAGUGAGAAAUACUAUUUGAGGCAGAUCUUGCCUCUAGUACGAAAACACAAGGUUGUACGUUUUAGCAAGACAGAUUCUCGCCUUGCAAACAAUGGCCUGCCUCUGAAGCUCCAAAAACUUCGCUGUCAUGUUAACUACAACGCAUUGAGAUUUGCCCCAUCUAUUGAGGCUCUAGGAAACAAGAUGAUCUCAACUCUCAGGAGAACUGGAUCUUUUGUUGUGCUUCAUCUGAGAUAUGAGAUGGAUAUGCUUGCUUUCUCUGGUUGUACUCAUGGAUGUUCUGAUGAAGAAACAGAAGAGUUGACAACAAUGAGAUAUGCAUAUCCCUGGUGGAAAGAAAAGGAAAUAGACUCUGAGAAGAAAAGGCUUGAGGGAUUGUGCCCCCUUACUCCUGAAGAAACAACUUUAGUACUCAGAGCUCUUGGUUUCCCCAAAGACACUCGAAUAUAUAUUGCAUCCGGUGAAAUAUAUGGUGGUGAAAAAAGAUUAGCCAUAUUGAAAACAGAAUUUCCUAACAUUGUGCGAAAGGAGAUACUCUUGUCUGAUGAUGAGUUGCGACCCUUUCAGAAGCACUCAACUCAAAUGGCAGCACUGGACUAUCUUGUUUCUGUGGCAAGUGAUAUUUUUAUUCCCAGUAAUGAUGGCAACAUGGCUAAAGUUGUAGAAGGACACCGCAGGUUUACAGGCUUCCACAGAACCAUACAGUUGGAUAGGAAGAAGCUAGUUGAACUUAUAGAUCUUUUCGAAGAUCAGGAGCUGUCCUGGGAAGAAUUCUCUGUUGCUGUCAAGGAGCUCCACGGGGGCCGAAUGAGCCAGCCCACCGUAAGGAGAAUCGUCCCGGGACAACCAAAGGAAGAGGACUACUUUUAUGCUAAUCCUCAUGAAUGCCUUGGGCCUGCAAAAAAACGAAGGGAUAGAUUAAAACAUAUGGAAAUUUGAAAGCCGCGUGCUUAAUGCCUAGUAGGCUACUACAGAUAGAAGGCCAAAGUGAAAUUGGUAAUGAGAUAGCAUUUACAUGCCCUUUUGAAUAACCAGAUUAGUUGGCUGCAGCAAUGGUGAAACAACCUUCAGCAUCUGCAUCCUCAUUUGACUGAUCUCUGCUCAUGGUUUUUUCCGAGCCACACCCUCCUAGCCCUACUCUGCCUGGUGAAGCUGAUCUCUGCCUCGAAUUGAAGAUGAUUCUUCGUGUUGAUGAUCAGCAAGGAGCAUCAAGAGAAGCUUUGCCAUUCAGAAACUUGAUUGACAGUAUUGGUUCCUGGAUUCGGAUUUUGCUGAUUGUAUUUUCUUUUUAUCUCUGCUACCUAGGUAUAUUGAUGGCAUAGUCUGACUGAGCUGUGAGAUGACAUGCCACAUUAAUCUGUAGAUGCAAUGUUCUGUUGUCGUCAGUUGCGUACUUGCAUAUAAGAGAGAUAUGGUGUAUACUUUGUAUUGGGUAGUUAAACCUGAUGUCGAUGUCGAAGACCUCGUUAAACUUUGGAAAGGAAAGCAGUGUAAAUGCACUGAAAAGAGUGGCAGCCAAGCCUUGCUGCCUUGAUAUUGCAA